AGUUCGAAUGUGUGUAUGUGCGUACAGGCAGCGCUAGAGCGCAAGUCCUCAGUUCAACACAACUUGUGCAGGCAACAGGCGUCAGUGCGCGGAGCUGGUUUGGUUGCAGUGGACCUGAUGCAGCGCGUGUAACGGUGGCGACUCAAAACUAAGAACAUUCCGAGGUGUUCAAGCAAGCUUCUUCAACAGCGAGGUGCAAGAGACAGUGGCAUAAAGGACUCAUUCUUCGGAUAAUCCGCGGAUGCUGCGUUGGGCGUUGCUGUUGUUGUUCCAGUGACCCAGCCCUCAAAUACUAAUUGUUCUGCUAUUUAUCGCGUGGUAAUCCUUUACGGGCGGACGCCCCACGAUCCCAGACAUCCAAAACAAACCAGUUCGGGAUUAGUAGCCGAUAUCACGGGCUAGUUCGACCGAGACGGGCAGCAUCACUGAGUUGGAGUGAGUGCUGGUUGUUUACGAGGUGUACCUGCACGCACGACUUCACGCAACUUCCUCGCGUUACCAGUCUACCUGCAAGUUCUAUCCACGAGCUUCAAAGUGACCGACUCAUGGCCAUGGCUGAGGCUGAAGUUCCUAUGGAGGAGACUAGGGGGCGCUGUGGUGUGCGGCGGAAUCUCUUCGGCCCCGUCGACCACCAGCAGCUCGAGCAGGAGUUCCAGCGUCUGCUGUGCAUGACCGUUGACACGGCAACGCGCCGCUGGGACUUCGACUUCCUGUCCGACCGCCCCUCCCCAGGCUCCGCCCUGCAGUGGGAGGAGUUACGAUGCCAGGAUGUGCCAGCGUUCUACCACAGCCGCGUGCUGAAGGGGGCGGGGUCUAUGCGCUGGAGGAGUGAGGUGGGCACCUCCUCUUCAUCCUCCUCCUCCUCCUCCUCCUCCUGCUCCUCCUCCUCCUCCUCCUCUCCGACCCACUCCUCCAGUGAGGGGUCUCCAACGCGGAACGCCAGGGCCAUGAAGAGAAGCUUCAGCGCGCUCAGCGUUGUCAUGGCACCCAAACACAAACAGGCCACCAUCACAGAUUUCUUCACGGUGAGGAAGAGGCGGCGCCUGCAUCACAAGUCCAUGUCACGCCAGUAGGAGGCGCUAGACCACAGGAGGAGUGGCUUAGCCUCACAGUAGCAAUGGAAGAGAUGUACAUAGACUUGAGUGGACUCACUUCCUGUUUGAGCAGACUCACUUCCUGUUUGAAUGAACACACUCUAUCAGACUCUUCUCGGGCUUAUUUUGUUUAAAGUAUCUGAUAUACUGUGAAAACAAUAAUGCACUCUCUAAACAACUCUACCCCUCAUCCCCCAAACGACCCCCCUCAAACUACCCCCCUCAUCCUCCACACUACCCACUCACCCUUCAGACUACGCUAAUUGCCCCAAACUACGCUAAUUGCCUCACUGUAAACCAGACAACUGAAGCUCCAACCUCAGUGACCUUUAUGACCUUCAGUGACCCUCAUGACCUUCAGUGACCUUUGGUAAAUAUUAGCAGAGGGCCGACACUCAAGAGGCCCACAGGUCAGCCAUGUUAUUCUGGUGUGUGUGUGUGUGUGUGUGUGUGUGUGUGUGUGUGUGUGUGUGUGUGUGUGUGUGUGUGUGUGUGUGUGUGUGUGUGUGUGUGAAUGACCGCAGGACCGAAGUGGCAGAGGUCACUGGUCACUUGUUCACCUGUAACAAUCCACUCACACACACUCUCACACACUCCACUCCGCUUUGCUGUCUCUUAUUUAUUUAUUGCUGCUUUGUAUGUUUUGCGGUACCUCAGCUCUGUAGCCCCUCCCAUGCGCUGCCUGUGCAGCUCCUGUAGCGCAAUACGCUAAUGUGGACCACACGAGUGUGUAUGUGUACUCUUUAACUAGUAUUAUGUUCACUCUUUGGUUGUAUUUCUUCAGAAUAUUGAGCUUGCAGCUUCUAAAGCUGUUUUCAUUUGAUGAUGUAGCAAUGGUGAGUCUGUUCCACAUGUCAGCCUUAAGGUAAUCUAUUAAUGUUGUAGCAUAAAGCUAAUAUCAUUGCUAGUGAUGUAGCAUAAAGCUAAUCAUUGCUAAUGGUAUAGUAUGGAGCUAAUCAUUGCUAAAGGUGUAGCAUAAAGCUAAUCAUUGCUAAUGGUAUAGCAUGAAGCUAAUCAUUGUUAAUUGUGUAGCAGUAAGCUAAUCAUUGCUAAUGGUGUAGCAUAAAGCUAAUCAUUGCUAGCAGUGGAGCAUAGCAAGCGUUUCUAUAUGAAGGGAAUGGCUUUGGGUGUUCUGCUGGGUAGCUGUGUGAAACUGUUCUGGUGUGUAAGAGAGAGAACCUUUCCUUCUAAGGCAGCUGAAAUAGUUGACCAAAGCAUGGAGCAUCGCUCUUGUAGUUGUGUGCACUGCUCUUAGACCAGAGACCGAACAAAAAACAAUUUCAAUCCCCCCCCCCCCAGGCCUUUGCAGGAGUGCAGAUUAUUCUGGUCUGCUCUUUCUAGCCGAAUGUUUGAAUGAAUAGCCAUACUCUGAACUGUCUACCUCAGCCAAACAAAAACAGAUGAUUUGAAGGAUUUGUUGUCUCUCUCUUUUUUUUCUCUCACACACAAACACUAACUUACAGACCCUGACAAAACCUCCUCUGCUCACCAGAGUGAAGUGGUGUGUGUAUGUGUGUGUGUGAGAGUGAGUGUGUGUAUGUAAGACAGAGUUUUCUACUUUAUUUUAAUGACACCACAUCCUCCCAUGCCUGUGCUGUUUAGCCAUCUAAAUGUAGCAUAUAUUAUAAUAAUGAUUAUAUAUUUUAUAUAUUAUAAUAAUGAUUAUAUAUUUUAUAUGUUCUUAUUUGUGUGGUUUGUAUGUUGCUGUCUAUGGAGGUAAAUUCUAAUUUAUUGUAAUUUUAUUAUAAUGAUUCUAUCAUUGGGGACAUGGUCCAGAUGUAACUAUGACGACGUUUUCUGUCAUCUUUGCACUACAUGAGCCUUCAUCUGCGUCUGAGCAGAUCCACUUCCUGUCUGAGCAGAUCCUCUUCCUGUCUGUUGUUCCAGUACAUGCUCACACAGAGUACUCAAUGUAUCUGACAUCUCUGUCCAGAGUUCACACACAGAGUACUCAAUGUAUCUGACAUCUCUGUCCAGAGUUCACACACAGAGUACUCAAUGUAACUGAUAUGCAUGAAUGUACGCUUUGGUAAAGGUAUAUCAUUUCUGUAAUGAACGGAAGAGUGUUGGCCAUCUUGUAUUGCUGCAGACUAUAUCUGUUGCUGUUGUAUUCCUGAGCACCAGAGGGCAGUGUUGCGCUCCUGCUGAUGCUGUGUAAGAGUUCUGCUGUGGAACUCCGCAUGACAUCAUUACCCUGUGUGUUCCUAAUAAAGAAUCAUAUCGUUUCAACUCUAAA